AUGCGCUCUUCCCGGAGCCGCGUUGCUCAGCAGCCAGCAAUCCAGGCCUUUACUCGGGCAACCAAGGCCGGCAUCACGCAACUGCCUGCAAAGAAUACGCUCACUUCCACCAAGUCGCUUCCUGUCCUGACUGCUACCCCGACAAAGUCGCUCCCCGUCUCGCCUUCCAAGAAACGCAAGCUGCAAGAACUCGAAAACUUCGACAACGGCAAGACCGCAACCACAAUUGAGGAGGAAGAAUCACCGUCGAAAACUUUGCGACUAAAUGAACUUUCCGUCAACUCACCACGCAGUGGCCACUAUACAUCGCCAAAGAAAACCCCAAGCCGACGGGGUCGCGCAUCAGCCCAGCAGCCACCUUCAACGCCCUCCGCCCCUUCUAAGCAGAGGACACUGAACUUCGAAAAAGUAGCGCCAGUCCUCGAAGAAACACCUGUGGUCGAACGACCGGCCUUUUUCCACGACAUUCUCAACCUCCACUCAGCCUUCGUGCAGGCUUUCUCAAUCCACAUGGCGCACAAUGGCGCAAACACACCCGCCGACCUCCGCGAAUUCCUCGGCAGCGUCACUCGUCUCUGGAACAAACGCAAGGUCCAAACGAAAGACCUACAGCGUAUCCUGUGGGUGUGGGAGCAGAGCACACUAGUCUCCAGCAUCUCAUAUCGCAUGGCGAACUACGGCCUCGGCAAGAUCUGUAUCGAACGCACCGUGAUCAUCAGCGUCCAACCACCCAUCAUGCAAGACUCGUUCGAAGAAGCACUGGAAUUACUUUGGGAGAAAGCACCGGAGUCCCUGCGCAACUCAAGUGAAGAAGAGCAGUCGACAUUAUUCACGGAUUCAUUCGGCCUCGCCACUAUCCACGAAUCUCUUGCUCCAUUAGUUACGUUCCGGAAAGGUCAGCAGCGACUGCAGGAUUUGAAGGGAGGUCUUGUGCGAUUGAACGCCGAGAGACUGCGCGCCGAUAAGGUUGACAUGACUCCUCUUGAACGCAAGGCGACUGUUAGUCGUGGACAGGGUCUUCUGGAUCGUAUUAAGAGUAAGCAGCUCCGCCAGUCUAAGCUUCCGCCUCCGCCUUCGAAGACUGAGCUUGUGCGUCGCUCUGCUGCGGAUCGUGUCGAGGAGGUUGCUGGGAUCCUGGCUAUGUUGCGUCCUGCUGGGACUGUCGGUCAUGGGAUUCGGGCGAUGCUUGCUGCUCAGCGCAAGCCGUUUAAGCUUGAUGUUAUGAUUGAGCAUGUUCGUGACUCUAUUCGCAGCGAGAUUGCUCCUGAUGAAGUUGAGAAGUGUCUUGAGAUUCUGGCUGAUUCCAAGGUCGCUGGUAGCUGGGUUAGCAUUGUGACUAUUGGAUCUAUGAAGUCGGUUGUGUUGAAGUCUUGCAGGGAUGUCUGUGUUAAAGACAUUGGUGUGAAGAUGGCUCAGCUCAAGGCCGAAUGGGGUUCCUCUCCUUCUGUACAGACUUCUGCCCCCAAUGUUUGA